AUGGUAACUUUUAUCUGCGAGACUUGUCACUCAACUCUAGCAAAGAAGCAAAUUGAAAAGCAUUGUUCAGGUAGAUGCCGAGAGGCUUGGCAUUUUACCUGUAUUGAAUGCACUAAAACAUUUGCAGGCUAUGAUUACAAGGAGCACAAUGAAUGUAUGACAGAAGUUCAGAGAUAUCAAGGGAAAUUCCUGGAAAGACAAAGAGAAUAAAAGCUAAAAGCAAAGGAAGAUUAGAAAAAUAAAUAGAAUGAGAAAUAAAAUGGAAAGGCUGAAGAUAAGGAUGAGAACUCUGAUGAUACCAGCAACAAAAAAUCUCUGAGGAGAUUCUUAAAAGAUAGCAAGACCUUUUAGGGAUGGGCGAAAUCAGCAAAGCUAUUAAUCGAGGACAGAAAAGGUAAAAUGAAGGAGAAGAGACUUUAAAAGAAAUUGUUGAAGCUAUAUAAACUGUCAGAAUAGUGGGAAGAAGAUCACAAGGAUGAGGACUUAAUAAAGAAAAUGAAAGAAGAGUUUUAAGGCAAGAAAAGUGGUUUAAAAAUUGAAGAUGGAAUCAUAAAAGCUAAUUGA